AUGUCGACUGGACGCAAGGUCUUUCAUUGCGCCGUGGACGAGACAGCCUUGACCACGAACAUCAGCGAGAUCAAGAAAUGGACUACCAAUGGCGCCAUCGAUCUCAUUGUCCCUCUUUACACCCUCGAACGGCUCCACGCUCUUAAGCGGGCAGGAUCGCAAACCGCCAUCAAUGCCCGCGAAGCUGUUCGCUUCCUCGAUCGAGUCACCUCCGGCAAGGAUCACAUCACCGCCGACCGUGUCACCCUGCAGGGUCCCAUGGAACAGUAUGAGCACUGGGAGGAUGCGGAGAAAUUCUUCUUGCCGGAAUUCGAGGAGGAGCCCGAGGUGAUUGACGAAGCGGAACCUACCGAGGCUGCGACCGAAGACUCUCAAAGGAAUAACGGAACCUCCGGCCCAGAAGAUCUGUCGCAGAUGCUGCUGAGCAAGCUGAACUUCAAGAAAGAUCCCGAGACCGCAUCUAUCACCUCUGCCGGUUCCCCUAGCCGGCCAGGAUCGCGCACUUCGUCCCGCAGCUCGCGCACCAGCCCCGAGUGCGCCCAACAUGAGAAUGGUACUGCCAAUAAAACCGAGAAGCCCAAGCCCGGACACCAGCGCACCGCAUCUGGAUCCAUCAUCCCAGUCGCUCCGCCCACAUUGCGCCCUUUGCUGAGCGCGAUGCUGUGGCGCCUUCACAGUGGCCCGGAUGCUGAGAACUCUGCUAAAAGUUGUAUCCUGGUAACAAACGACCGUGCGACGCAGGUUUGGGCUCAAAAGUUUGGUAUCGGUGUCAAGAACAUUCUCCAGCUGCGCACUGCGAUUCAGUACGAGGAGCGGGAGUACAAGAACCGCUGCAAAUACGUCGAGAAGACCCAGAGUCAACCUACGGAACAGCCCAAGACCUUGCUGUCGUACGAGGACGACUCCGACGAGGAUGAGCUGGUGUUUGUUCCUCGUGGUGGCCGUGGCGGCAAGGGCUCUUCAUCUCGCGGUGCUCGGGGUGGGUCCUCUCGUAAGGCUGCUCCGAAAGCUGCGCCAGCCGCUGUCGAGACUACCAUCGAGGUUCCUACCCAGCCAAUUGAUCCCGACUCGUUCAGCCGCUCCCUGGGCGGUGCGAAGAAAGCCCCGGCCACCGUGGAUCUGACCACCCAACAGGGCGCUGCUCGCGGUAUCUCUGGAGCUUCUCGCCGCUCGGGUGGGCGCCGCGGAGGGCCCGCUCGUGGCUCUGGACGGGGGGCCGGUCGUGGACGGGGCAAGCUAUGGGUUCCUUGA